GGCUCUGGGUGUCCAGCGGGUUCGCAGCGUUCGGUGGUUUGGGGCAGAGGCCACAGGUGGGGCUUGGGGUGUCCGGCGGGCUCGGGGACGCCGCUGAGUCGGCACCGCAAGCCGGACCAGGGCCUGGCACAGGGUCCCUGCCCCUUCAAGAUGGAGGACCGGAGGAAGAAGCGGAGCCCUAAGACCUGCCUGGCUCAGCCAGCACCCACCGGGGCCCCGCGGCCGCUGCCCCCCAGCAAGAGCACUUCCUUCGCGCUGCCGCUGCCCACCGUGCCCUCGCCCCGGCAGCGCGCCCGGCUCAGGCGGACCAGCAAGGAGCGGGUGCGGGCGGCUGGCACCGGGGCGGCGCGGGGGGCCCCCCUGCAGCACAGCUUCCUCACCGACGUGUCCGACGUCUGCGAGAUGGAGGGCGGGCUGCUCAGCCUCCUCAGCGACUUCCACUCGGGAAAGCUGCAGGCCUUCGGGAAGGAGUGCUCCUUCGAGCAGCUGGAGCACGUCCGGGAGAUGCAGGAGAAGCUGGCACGGCUCCACUUCGGCCUCGAUGUCUGCGUGGAGGAGCUCCCCGAGGAGCAGAAGAAAGUGGCGGCUGACAGGAACCUGGACCAGCUGCUGGCACAUCUGGAGGAGCUCAGCAGCUCCAUACAGAAGCUGCACCUCGCCGAGAGCCCGGACCCCGAGGACGCGGCCGCCUGACCCCACGCCCAGCCCUGGCCGGGGGGGGGGUGGCGGCCACCACCAGGACACGCCACGGGAGCCCCACACCGGGGCUGCCCCCCCGCGGAAGGGCCGCUGGACGCGACACACGUCACGGAACACAGGGACAGAGCGGGGCCG